AUGCACAGCGGAGGUUCGUCCUCCGGCAGGGUCUCCCAAGCUGAGAAACAGUUCAACACAUCCGACUUCUCGGAAUCGGUUGGGCGACGACCUGUGGUGAAAACUAACCUCGCCGUGGCAGAGCUGCUUAGUUUGGUGAAGUCUUUCUACCACUCCAGCAUAUUCGCUGUCUCAGUACCCUGCACACUGGGCCCUGUCGUCUCAGACGUCGGACAAUAUGGCGAGCGGACGUCUUUGAUUCUGGACCAAGGCGACACACGCACGACUCGCCAUGGAGACGGUCUCAAACUGUGUACUUGCAACGCGAGAACAGUGUUCACAGACGCUGAUAUGCAUGCCUUUUUCGGAGCUGCAGAGCGUAUCAAAUUUCACGUGAUUGCUCUGCAGGAGUCCAAGUGCAGAAGGAGCGACAGUAUCAUCAACUGCAACUCACCUACAUCAGCAGCUGAUGAUUCUGAACUGGACACGUUUAACGAGGAGCUGGAGGAAGUAAUCCGCGAGAAGUCCUUCUACAAAUUCGUUGUCGGAGACUUCAACGCAAAACUAGGAAGGGCCACAGGAGAGAAAUACAGAUUUGGAAGAUUUGGACUAGCGGACUGGAAUGAAAAUGACAAUCGUCUCGCCGGACUGUUGUCCGCCGCUCGCCUCUUUCAUGGGAACUCUCUUUUCAUGAAAAAGAUCAUUGUCGGCGGACAUGGGAAUCGCCCAAUGGUGCGACUCGCGCGGAGAUCGACCACAUACUCACCAACCGGGGGUGGUGUCUACUUGACGUCUCAGUAUUACCAUCCUUUUGUAGUGGUUCUGAUCACCGUCUUCUUCGUGCGAAAAUACGACUUAGCCACACGAUGGAAAAGUACAUCUGCUAUCGGCAACGAAGGAGAAAAGAAGUCGUCUACGACGAUUGCGUACUCGAGGACUCCUUGUCCCAAGGUGACUGGCACGUCGAGGACUACGAGAUGCUGCUCAGAGGAUUACGAGCUUGUACUGAGCUUGCCUCGAAGCUGCGCACGACAAACAUGGAUCGAAUUUCGAAGACCCCCAAGAGAUUGUUGGAAAGAAGAAGGGCUUUGA